UUGUCAGUUUGUCAAUGAGCAGUCGCAUAUAGAGAAUAGAUAGAGCAGCCGAUAGGGCAAGCAAACAGUAGGGAGCUGUUUGGUUCAGUAGAAGUGUAGGCAGUGAACAGGGCAGAGUGAAUUCAUGGAUGUAUGCUUGUUUGAAACUGGAUUUAUCUCUUGUUAAGUCAUAAUCUUAUUUAUAAAGAUUUCAACAUAAGGGAUCCGGAAAGCUAACAACGCAGCCAUCAAAGAAAGGAGAGGUCCACAACGCAUGCACAGACGAAAAAUACAGAAGAAAAAAAACAAGACUUCAAAUCACAGAAACAUGUCUUGUAGACACCAAGUCAUCAAAAUACUCUGGAAUUCAUGCCACAGUUGAAUUAAGCGUGAUAAGAUACCUCUGCCACAAACAUUCUAGCUAUGAAAUACCCAGACAAGGGAAUCACAACAGAGUAGAAAAUAAUAUAUCCCCGUAACAAGAGGAUGUCCAGACUUAGUGCCAAAAUAAGUCUGCAGUAAGAUUAUUACCCCAGUGUAAAGACCGAUAAACAUCUUCGGAAAAAGUGCAAAGCUUCGGAUGAUCACAAUGUGUCAUGCAUUCUCUGACAAUAAUUGGGGCGAAUGAAACUGGCACAGUGAGAUUUGCAGGUCAGCGACAAAAAAUAAAUGAUAAAUUAAAUAUUAUAACUUCAAGGACCACCUGCACUGAAUGUUGAAUAUAAUGGGAUUAUUGAUAUAACUUCAUGGAUCACCUGCAUUUUUAAAUAAUAUACUUUGCAAUUGUGGAGGUACUCAGGUCAAGUGCUAAUUGUGACUGGUGAUAAAAAACAACAACUAGUAACAAGGAACAAAGUUCUAAAUGCUACCUUAUUAUACAUUGAAGUAUCAGACUGCCUGUCUGCAGCGACCACUGGUUAUUAUUAUAAUUUGACAUAUCUCCGUGCCUAUAAAUCAGUCAUAUCUGCAUAUAAAUUAAUAUUUAAAAUUCGUGACUAGACAGGGCAUUCACCUCAGUUACAAUGUUUUCAAGGUCGAUUGGUACAGUUUAAGAACUGAGAACUCAUUACAACAGCAAUCUCAUGCCUUAGAAAGCAAAUGUAGAUUUUCUCUUGUGUAUCCACAUUUUACGGAAUCUUCAAUGCACAAAAUAUGGUCAUCACAAGGCUGGGCAAUGGGGAAUCGUGACCAAAUGCGCGUAAAAAAGUCGCUGUUCCGGAAUGCGAGAAUGAAAAGAUUUACUCCAGGGAGUGCCACCAAUUAUCCCGAUCCUUCGAAACCUCCUGAUGGUGAAAUACACAGUACGGGAGAGGGAUCGAAACGUGUUAAAACGUCGCAGUCUUUUGAAAGUUUGUUUGACAGUGAAUCACUCAGUGAUAUUAUGGUGAACGUAAAUAAUGGGCAAUACGUGUUCAGCGCUCACAAAAUGAUCCUCGGCUUGAAAAGUGACGUGCUGGCAGACGAGUUAAAUCACCUGACACCGGCAUCAUCUGAAUCGGAACGCCCGGUGUUGUAUUUGCAUGAACCUCCUGAAUGCGCGCAGGUGUUCUGUCGCUUUCUGUACUUCAUAUACAGCGGAACAGUGUGGCUGCACAGAGAUUACGUUAUCGCCUUACAGAGACUGGCUCAGAAAUUUGACGUACAACCCCUUGUACUUCACUGUGAUAACUUUAUAACACAAAUUCUGGGCAACACUUUGGCAGGCUGUGACAUCCCGUCGCGAGGUUUUCCCGUUACUACCGUGUGUCAACUGUACGAGGAUCGUAGCCAGUCCUCUGAGGUGAAAGACCUCGCUUUCAAAGUGCUGUGCCUGUGUUUUAGUGACCUUGUUCAGACAGAGUGCUGGCCUCUGUGUUCGUGGCAACUAGUCUGUGACUUGCUCAAGAACGACUACUGUCAGGCGGAGGAAAAUGUAAUCCUGACGUCUGCAACGGACUGGAUGAAGAAAAACAGCCUGAACGAUAAGGCGCGGAUAGAGGAUAUUUUGAUAAACAUCAAGUACCCCCUGCUGCAUAAAAAAGUGCUUUACAUGAUGCAGAAGAAUGGUGCGUUUAAAAACUUUCCGCGUGUUCAAGAGCUUUUGAAUAACGCUGUCAAAUAUCACUGUUUUAAAGAUAUACCCGAGGCCCAAGGUGACUUUGUUGGGCCUCAAUUUACACCAAGGAGAAGACUUCCUGCGUUUGUGACAAGUGAGAACAAUAAUUACGCUGUUGAGGCUAGCCCAACUUCAAUGCGUUAUUCGGAUACGUCAAGCCGUGAGGAUGUGUCAUCAUACAUGAGCAGAGCGGAACUUACGAUCGUUAACAACAGUGUGGACACAAAUGAUAACGAUACCCAAACCAGUGUUCAGACAUUCUUCCUGAAUAAGCCUCCUAGAUAGUGUUCAAUUUUCAAAAAAAUGUUAUUCAGUGCUAAUUGUUGAAUUGUUUGCAAUCUUAAAGUUUGACAAGAUUGGAUUCUUCAAAUAUGACAGGAUUUAACCUUUACCACUUUGAUACGUAUUUAUAAACAUUUGUUGUCCCUUAGAAAGUAAAAUUUAAUUUAAGACCUUUCUUACUAAGUUCAAGUUUUAAAGGCUUCAAUUCCAACCCUUAGUUACUGAUGAGCAGCAAACAGCAUAAAACCUGAACAUACUGCAAGUUACUCGCAGGCUGUUCUGGUUUUAUGCUGUUUGCAAAAUCCAUUAUAACUUUGAUUCUUUUUGCAACCCCAAAAAUGCAGUGUUUUACACAAGCAUAUACAGACAGGGCAUGAACAUUUUGCAAGUGCUUAUUUAGGCAAAGUUUAACUUUGAUCAAAUAUAAAUUUCAUCAAUAAUAAACAUUGUCAGUUUUAUAUCUGUAUAAAGUUUAAAACUAUUUUUAGUAAUAAUAAUAAUAACUGCUAAAUUUUUAUUUUAUCAGAGAUAGUUUUAAAGACCUCAGUAUGACAUCAAUGUGCAUACUUGACAACACUAUAUAAUGGAUGUUUACGUUUUGUUUUUGAAAAGCUGUGUGCUUUAAGUUCAUUUCAACUAAUCGUUCAGUUGUGUAUUUGAUUCAGUCAAUGGUUACAAAUUGUCUGGUCAUGUUCUUGGCAAUGUUUGAUGCAUAAUAUUAGGCUAAGUCAUAUGUGCUAAAUAAAUACAUAUUACAUUUUCUACCACUCAACGCCAGAAUACCUGUAUUUACUACAAAAACAACAAAACAUUUCUUAUGCCAUGUUAUAACUUCGUAUAAUAGAAUAUCAAAUAGAAAGGAACAAUACAUUCAUUUCAUCAUUUAGUUAUUGGCAUCAUGACAACUAUUAUGAUGACGGUUGAUUUGUCUUUAUCAAAGCUCAUAUGUUACAUGUUUUCUCAUUGGUCAGCAUUUUAUAAUGAGAUAAUAAUUGAAAUUGAAUAAUUUCAUCGUUGUGGGGGCCAUUACAUAUUAUACUGCAUUGAACAGUGACUGCAUAGUUCUUCAACCAAGUUCAAACUUUAACCUUGAACCUGGAAUACAUGCUAAUGUUGUUGCUUUUAAAUAUUAUGACUUUGUUUUGUAAAAAAUAAAGAAUAACUCUCAUA